UUUCUUUCCAACUUUGAAACUCACAAGACAGUUUUCUUAAUUCUCUCCCUUGCAAAAUGGUGGAUCGUCAUGGUGGGUACAAACGCGACGAGAAGAACCAUUAUCGUUUUUCUCAUCACGAUCUUAGAGCUGACGGCGUAGUUGCUCAGGUAGAGAAGUCAGUCAAUAUAAUUAUCGGUCAUAGACAAACGCAAAGGCAGGCCAGUUCAAGGGAACAAAAUCAAUCGGGUUACAAAGGCACCACCUCAAGGGAUGAAGGUAAAACGAAGGAGAAGUACACAACUAUGAAGAUCCCAAAAUGGAAGCAUUAUGAUUCAGAGAACAAGUUAGGUCAAAAGGAGAACAUGAAUGAAAAGCCAACCAUGAUCGACGCUGGUGGAUGGGUCAGGCCAAAUAGAGCCAUGUGGGCUUCACCUCCAAAUUCCUCAAGCUCCAAGUCACAAAACAAUAACUGAUUACCUGAGAGAAGCUGGUGAGAACAUAUGUAUGAACUUACAUGUUCAAGUUUGGGAAGUAGACAAAUGUUGAGAGAGAGCUAAGCACGUCUUUUCAAAACAUUAGUUGUGAAUCAGCCAUGGAGGGGUUGGUGUGGCAUAUACUAGAUAUGCGUCUAGAUGGGCGAAUUUUAUGUGUUUGUUAUAUGUAAUAAAUAUUGUACCAUGGAGUCGAUAUAUUUAUGUACUGUAUAUUAUGUGCGUAUGUAAUAUAUGGGAUUCAAUAAAACU